AUGAAGUGGUUAUACUCUGCUGUUGCUCUCUUCUCUGUUCAGGUCGCUCUUAGCACUAGCGGUGGUGGAAGCGCCACUGCUGUCACAGUGUCUACCCUCGACGAUCUUAUUUCUGCUGUGGACGGUGACGAUUCCAAGGUUGUCAUCAUCGAUGGUACCAUUACAGGCAGUGAGGCCGUCGAUGUCGGUUCGAACACGUCCAUCCUCGGAGCUGAUGGUGCCACCCUUAGCGGUGUUGGUCUUCGCGUCAAGGAUGUUUCGAACGUUAUCAUCCGUAACCUCAAAAUCGAGAAGGUUUUGGCUGAUGCUGGUGAUGCUAUUGGUGUCCAGGCUGCUUCCCAGGUAUGGAUCGAUCACAACGAUCUCUCUAGCGACCAGGACCACGACAAGGACUACUACGAUGGUCUCUUGGACAUCACUCACGGAUGCUAUGGCGUUACGGUCAGCAACAACUACCUCCACGACCACUGGAAAGCCUCCCUCGUCGGUCACUCUGACAACAAUGGAGACGAAGAUGCUGCCCUCCGAGUGACCUACUACGGUAACUUCUUCGAGAACCUAAACUCCCGCGGUCCCUCAUUCCGUUUCGGUGAGGGCCACAUCUUCAACAACUACUACAGCAGCAUGAACGACGGCAUCAACACUCGUGAUGGCGCGCAGCUCUUGGUGGAGAACAAUGUCUUCGUUGACUCUGACAAGGCCCUCUAUUCCACCGAUGAAGGCUACGCUGUCGCUUCCGGAAACGACUUCGGCGACUCUGAGAACACUGCUGAGACUGGCACCAUCACCGCUUCAGACCUUGGCUACGACUACGACUUGGUUGACACUGACAGUGUUGCGUCGUCUGUCCAGUCCGAAGCUGGCCAGACAUUGUCCUUCUAAGCAUAGGUUUACCAGUGAUGGUCUACCGAGGCUGGCGGGCUGGCCUUGAUCAUCACUAUCUAUCUUUCAUCGUAGGUAUUGCCAGCCCAAGCCACCUUAUUUCUGCUACGGUAGUCUGGGUUAUUAUCAUCACGUAUUUUGCUGCAUGUUCGAGCUGCUUAUAAAAUACAUUUUUUGGGAUUGUGAAACUAAGCCAUGGACUUCUCCUAUUAUUCCUUCGACAUUAUCCUGAAAGCUUCGCAGAACCUUUCGCCUACUCCGGAACAUUCAUCCCUUCAUUCAAACGAUGGGAAUUCGAUUUAGGCUUCGGGGUUCUUGUUAUUGAUUUGAAUUUCAUCUUGAAAAACAAGAAGAUUUGCAGUUACGGUGGUGUUCUGGCAGCAAAGCAAAACUGA